GAUCCAUGUCUUGAGCAAAACGUGAGGGGUUAAGUGAAAGAAAAAAAACAUCAUGGGUGGAACCUCCUUCUCCUUGGCCGGUAAAGUUACUACUAUGUUUCUGGCGACUCGCCUUCAGGAUACUAUUGAGUUUGUUUCAGACACUAGUAGUACUAUUGCUGAUGUUGAGUUUCAAUUUCUUGAUGAUGAUGAUGAGGUAUUAUCUUGUCAAAGUUCUAGUAGUGAUGAUCAGUGUCAUUCCCUUCAAAUGGAUUUCGAUGAUGAUGAUGAUGAAGAAAAGGAUCAAACUCAUACCAAUGAGGAGAUGAAUCGAAGGUUUUGGGUCACCCAACAUCAGUGUUUGCAGACCAAUUUAUACAGAACAAGUUCUUUGGAGACAAACAUAAGAAGUGCGACCAAAAAAGCGAUUAAGGAAAUAGAAAGCUUAGGAACAACAGUGUGUGGUUGUAGCAAAGUGAUGGGUGCAUCCACUUGUCGAAACUGCUUAAUGAGGGAAGUUUCUAGAAGACUUCAAAAAGCUGGUUUUGAUAGUGCUAUUUGUAAAACUAAAUGGAGAAACUCACACCAUCUUCCAUCAGGGGAACACACAUUUUUGGAUGUGAUAGACAAUACAAAUCCAAAGAAAGGGAAUGUAAGAGUGAUGAUAGAGUUGAACUUCCAAGCUGAGUUUGAAAUGGCAAGAGGAAGUGAGGAAUACAAUCAACUUGUGAAGAAGCUACCAGAGGUGUUUGUUGGGAAAGUUGAGAGAUUAAGUAACUUAAUCAAAAUUUUAUGCAUGGCAGCCAAAAAAUGCAUGAAGGAUAAAAAAAUGCACAUGGGGCCAUGGAGGAAGCAUAGGUACAUGCAAGCUAAAUGGUUAGGUCCAUUUGAAAGGAACACUUCAACAAUUCCUCUUUCAAUGGGAUAUUCAAAUGAGAAGAUCAUAACAAAGCCAAAAUAUAAGGCAUCUAUGUUGACCGUUGACUUAUUAGAGAAGCUUCCAAACAUGCAUUGCAAAGCUGUUGAGGUUGUGUAAUUAUAAUCCCCAUUAUCUUAUGGUAAUUUUUCUAUUAUUCUUUUUUUUUAUCCCUUGUCUCUUUGGUGAAAACUAGGAGUGAGUGACUUGCAAAUUAUGUUACCCAAUACAUACAUGUAUGUAAAAAUCCCAAUUUUUUUAUAGAGAUAUGGAUGUGCUGAAACAAGCUUAUGUUAAAGUUUAUAAUUAAUCGCUUUUCAACGUAAA